AAAAGUGUUCGAGGGAGAGGAGAAGUAACGAUGUAGCGGGAAUCGGUUGUGGUAUAACAUUAGGAAACCUGUGUUUACAUUUUUUCUCCCCUCGGAAAGUUGUGGAGUUUUGCAUUCGUUGUACGGAUUGAUGUGGAUUUCUGUGCGGAUUAUUUAUUCCAAUGCAAAAUUCUUUCUCUUGGAUUUUAUAUUUUAUGGUGCUGAUGGAUUCGACAUCUUGGAUUUGUCUCUGUGUCAAGUGAUGGUACCAGGAAAACCAAAGUCAUGAAAUGUGGUGUAGGAGUCUGUGCGUGGGGAAAAGGGGUGAGUGUCAUAUUUCUUGUGGUCAUCUUCAGUACCCAGGUCCACACGACUUUCACAUGCCCUAAGGAUUGCUUCUGUGCCCCGCACAGUAAAAAUGUCCAGUGCGCCAACAAAAAUUUCCUCAAAAUCCCCGACGGGAUUCCCUUGGAAACGCUGGAGUUGAAUCUCAAUGAGAAUAAAUUCAAAAACACGGCGCUGACGCGGAGAAAUUUCACGGAUCUGUACAAGCUUCAGAAUUUGUAUUUGAGUGAUUGUGGCAUAGAGACCAUCGCCGUGGACACGUUCGCUGACCUCACCCAGCUCACCUGGCUGGACGUGAGCAAAAACAACAUUCGCUUCGUCGCGGACUACACGUUCAGGGGCCUUAACUUGAAACAUCUGUUCAUCAACGACAACCCGGAAAUACAGCUCGCCAUCGGGGCCUUCGCGGGCAUGACAACCCAAGGGCUGUACAUGCACAACUGCGGCCAGAGGCGGCUCCCCGUUGAUUUGAUGACGCCUCUGAACGGCUCCCUCAAAACGCUGUGGCUGCACGGAAAUAAUUUCGAGGCCUUCAGCGAAAAGUGGCUCUACUUCUUCAGAAAGCUCGCCCACAUUCGGCUGGGCGGCAAUUCGUUUCACUGCAACUGUGAAAUCAAGUGGCUCUUCGCCUUUUACAAAAGCUCCAAAAACUCCCUGUUUGCUGGGGCGGAGCAGCCUCAGUGCGGCAGUCCGCGGCUCGUUAAAAACAAAAACUUCGACGAUCUAACGGACGACGAUUUCAGGUGCGAGCUCCCCACCUUUCAGAACGUGGACGCCGUCUUCGACACCAAAAUGGGGAAGUUCACCUGCCAGGCCCACGGCGACCCGGCCCCCACCCUCUACUGGAUCCGACCCGACGGCACCACCGAAACCUACUACCCCCGACCCGACAACGUCGGCCGCGAGAACAUGGGCGUCAUGUUCAUGACGGACGUCAAGCUCGAAAACAAAGACCUGUACAAAUGCGUGGCCAGCAACCCGGCCGGCAACGUCACCUUCUCCCUCAACGUCGUGUGGCCCGACCUUAGGCCGCCGCCCACGCCGAAGCCCACGAAGCCGCCCAAAAUCAGCAACAACGUCAUACGGGACGACACCACGAGCGCCCCGGCCAAGAAAAGUUACAUCAAAGAUUUCGCCGGGGACGACUCGGAGGUCUACGACUGGGGCGGGAUCAACUCGGAGAGCAGCAAGAUGAAGUCCGAGGAGAAACCGGUUGUGGCCGCCGCUCACAAAAAAGACAUCGACCGCUACUUCGGUGUGGUGGACAUCAUCGGCGCCGUCGUCGGCACGUUUCUUUUAACGCUUCUGAUCAGCGUGACAGUGUUCCAUUUCUAUUACAAGCGGCGGGAACGGCUGAGGCAGGAUGACCACUACUCCGUCCCCGACGAGAUAAACAAUAAGCGGGGGCCCAACAGCGUCUACAUCAUGAACGAAGCGGAUGAAAACAGGAUUAAAAUGAUAAACCACCACAACAGCUCGGACGUGGCGAGCUGAGGGGCGGGGUGUGAAUGGGUGUACGAAAGGGACAUGUUGAUGAGUGUGUAUGUGCUUGCUCAGAAGAUGGAGAUCUAAGGGACAUGUUGAUGAGUGUGUAUGUGCUUGCCCAGAAGAUGGAGAUCUAAGGGACAUGUUGAUGAGUGUGUAUGUGCUUGCUCAGAAGAUAGAGAUCUAAGGGUCAUUUUGAUGAGUGUGUAUGUGCUUGCUCAGAAGAUGGAGACCUAAGGGUCUGAAUUUGCUGGGAUUUUUGUGUUUGUUUGUUGUUGUUUGUGUGUGUGUGUGUUUUGUUGUUGUUUUUUUUUUUUUGAGAAGAAGAAAAGUAUGAAUAAGAGAAUGGCAAAACAAAAAAAGUGUGUAUAAAAACAUAUUUAAAAGUUGCAUAUUGUUGAUUGUAUUAUACAUAUAAAUAAUUUGAUCCGUGUAUUUUAUUUGAAGCCUCCCUUUUUUUUUUUAAACAUGGAAGAAAAGACAUUUGACCAUUUAAAAAUUGUGAGCUUUCAAAAAAUAAUGUAUGAAUACAUGAAUGAUUCUCUAAACCCCUAUACACCAGAACAUGUUAUAGUUGAGAAUUCUUGAAUGCAGGAGUAAACAUAAAAAUAAGGUAUGAAUACAUGAAUGAUUCUCUAAACCCUUACACCAAAACAUGUUAUAGUUGAGAAUUCUUGAAUGCAGGAGCAAACAUAAAAAUAAUGUAUGAAUACAUGAAUGAUUCUCUAAACCCUUACACCAAAACAUGUUAUAGUUGAGACCUUCUUGAAUGCAGGAGCAAACAUAAAAAUAAUGUAUGAAUACAUGAAUGAUUCUCUAAACCC